AUGCAAAACCAAAGUUUUGUAACUGAGUUCGUCUUCCUGGGGCUUUCACAGAAUCCAAAUGUUCAAAAAAUAGUGUUUGUUGUAUUUUUGUUUGUCUAUAUUGCCACCAUCGGGGGCAACACUCUAAUUUUAGUAACGAUUCUCAGUAGCCCUGCUCUACUGGGAUCCCCCAUGUACUUCUUCCUGGUUUUCUUGUCCUUCAUAGAUGCAUGCUACUCCUCCGUCAUAACCCCAAAGAUGAUAGUGGACUCCCUCCAUGAGAGGAAAACCAUCUCCUUUGAAGGCUGCAUGAUGCAGCUUUUUGCUGAACAUUUCUUGGCUGGGGCAGAGGCGAUAGUCCUCACAGCCAUGGCCUAUGAUCGGUAUGUGGCCAUUUGCAAGCCUUUGCAUUACUCUUCCAUCAUGAACCGCAGGGUUUGUGGCAUUAUGAUGAAAGUAGCCUGGGCAGGGGGCUUCUUGCAUUCCAUGAUAGAAAUACUAUUUAUUAUCCCGUUGCCCUUUUGUGGUCCCAAUGUCAUCGAUCACUUCUUAUGUGACUUGCAUUCAUUACUGGCGCUUGCCUGCACUGACACUCACGUCUUUGGCUUUUAUGCCCUAGCCAACAGUGGGGUUUUCUGCAUUAUAAUCUUCUCUUUGUUGCUUGUCUCCUAUGCUGUCAUCUUGUUCUCUCUGAGAACUCAUAGUUCCGAAGGGCGCAGAAAAGCUCUGUCUACCUGUGGAUCUCACAUUGCUAUUGUGGUUUUGUUUUUUGUCCCAUGCAUGUUUGUAUAUGCACGACCUCCAUCUACUUUCUCCUCUGAGAAAAUUGUGACAGUAGUUUACACCAUCCUGACUCCCUUAUUCAAUCCUCUGAUUUAUACUUUCAGGAAUAAGGAGGUAAAAAAUGGCAUGAAGAAAGUAUUGAAGAGAUUACUGGUGACUUCUGAUGGAAAAUAA